UUCUGGGUUCAAAUUUGACGGUCAACCUACUGUAAACUGAAACUUAUCUGCCAGUUUCUUUUGAAAGAGAAAAAAAUAUCAGAUGCAAAAUAUUAAAAAAUAUACAGACUCUCUUCUCGAUUUGUCUCUUAUCACAGAGACUGAGUCUUCGCCGAAAUUUGAUUUGGCAUUUUUCGGUGAAAAGGUUAGACGGCCGUCAAAUUUAUUUUCUAUUUUUCUGGUUAUGAAUGCAAGAAUGUGAAGGUUCUGGUUAUUAACCUGAGGGCAGGAUUUUUAUUCUCUUCUCUUGCUCCGGACAAAAAUUUUCAAGCCGAUUAGGUCUUGCCCACAACAAACAUUCUUAGCGAAGAUUACUCAUGGAUGUUGCAGGUGAUGUGCUUGGCAAGCCCAGGCUCAGGAAAAUUGCUGUGAAAAAAGAAAAUAAAGAAUUCACAGAUGCGGAAGAGGAGAUCACCGAAUUCGAACCCGUGACCCCGGCUGGCCGCGUCUUCAGUCAAUCCGCUUUAUACUGCUAUAUUAUCGCCAUAUUCAAGUUGAAAACACAGAUCGAUGUAGAAACCAUUAAAUCGGGUCUGGAAUCCAGUCUUUUAAAGCACAAGCGAUUCUCCAGCGUAAUGGAGAAAGACAAGAACGGAAAGUUGAUUUGGGUGCCAGCGGAAGUGAACAUUUGUGAUCAUGUUCUGGUCCCCUGCAUCGACCCUGAAGAGAAUGAAAGUCCCGAUUUCUAUGAAAAUUAUGCGGCCAGAUUGGCCACAGCCCCUCCACUGGAUUCCUCCAGGCCGCAGUGGCAGUUUCAUCUCAUAAAUGUGAAGAGUCAAGAUGCGGCCUCUGGCAUAGUGAUGAGAGUUCAUCAUUCUUUAGGGGAUGGUGUGUCUCUCAUGUCGCUCUUAUUGGCCUGCACCAGACAGCACGCCGACCCCAAUUUGCUCCCCACAAUCCCACGCCAAACAAGGUCAAGCAGAAUUGCUGGGGCUAAAUUUAGGGGACUGCCCUUGCCUUUGGGGAUCCUGUUGGGCAUGCUUCUUGUAGUCUGGUACACAGUUGUGGAUAUUUUGUAUUUUGUGGCUACCAUAAUCUGGCUUAAGGAUAGCCAUACGCCAAUUAAGGGAUAUCCAGGGGUGGAAUCAGGUCCCAAGAAGAUUGUGCAUCAGACUGUCAGUCUGGAGGAUGUUAAGCUUGUCAAGGACGCUAUAAAAGGGACAGUGAAUGAUGUUAUGCUGGGGAUUACUUCGGCAGGGAUCACAAGAUACCUGGAACGCAGAUAUGAGGAGGAGCGUUCAGAAAAUGCUGAUGCAGACACAAAAAAGAAAGCAGAGCAAAGGGGAAAAAAUGGCGAGAGUGUCUUGCCAUCAAAGCUACGCGUUCGUUCAACAAUUCUAGUGAACACAAGGCCUGCGCCGGGGCUCCAUGAGCUAGCAGAGAUGAUGGAGUCCGGGAACAAAGCAAGGUGGGGGAACAAUUUAGGCUAUGUGAUUCUUUCGCUCCCUACGGAGAAGCGAAAGAAUCCUCUGGAUUAUGCCCGUGCAGCCGCGGCCAUUUUUAGAAGGAAAAAACUCUCUCUGGAGGGGCCCUUUACAUACGCAAGUGGUACCCUGUUGCUCCAUUUGGCAGGCGUCAAGGCUGCUACGAUCCUUACAUACAAUAUGAUCGCGAACACAACCUUUUCCUUUUCUAACAUGGUGGGGCCCUUGCAAGAGGUGGAAUUCUUCGGCCAUCCAAUCAUGGAUAUCAUUCCCACAGUCUCUGGGCAUCCUCAUGCUUUAACCAUACAUUUCCAAAGUUACAUGGGAAAAGUAACAUUGGUGGUUAGCGCAGCUACAGAUGUGAUUGCAGAUCCCAAACAACUCUGUUUAGAUUGCAUAGAUGCUUUCCAUUCCAUGAAGCAAGCAGCUGCCGUGUAAACCAUGCAAUUCAAUGGCAUCCAUGAGAUGAGAUAGUCUAUCAUUGUCAAAUAAUAGAUAGCAAUGUUCAUGGUGGUUCAAUGGUACACAUCUAGGUGGUAACAUGAUUACAUAAAAUGUUUUUAAAUAUAAAUGCAAGCAUCACUGGUUCAAUGGUUCAA